CGCAAGAGUCAACCAGUGAGAGUACUGAGCACCGCAAAGACAGAGUCCAGCUCCUUUUCACCCCGACUGGCUCACAGAACACCUCGCGUGGUAUUCUGAACCUACCAGGCCCCUCAGUCCUUGGCAGGCAGGCCCCAGCCAUGGGUGCCUCGGGUAUAUUUCGCCUUCCUGCCCCCCUGGCCAGGAUAUGCGCCCUGCCAUGGGCCUGCCGGCUUGCGGAGAGGCCAGCACUGCUGUCCCCAGGAACGGGAGUCCCUCCAGUCCAGGUGGUGGGCAAGAAGGAUCACCCCACCCUGCUGUCCCUGGACGAGAGUGACCUUGAAGAGCAGUUUGUGAAAGGACAUGGCCCAGGGGGCCAGGCGACCAACAAAACCAGCAACUGCGUGGUGCUGAAGCACGUGCCCUCGGGCCUGGUCGUCAAGUGCCAUCAGACGCGAUCCGUCGAUCAGAACCGAAAGCUGGCUCGGAGGAUCCUACAGGAAAAGGUGGACCUUUUCUACAACGGCGAGAACAGCCUCGCUCACAGACAAAGGCGAGACGCGGAGAGGAAGAAGCGAGAGAGGACGAAGCGCGCAAAGGAAACCCUGGAGAAGAAGCGGCUGCUGAAGGCACUCUGGGGGUCGGGCGGGCACACCGGGGGCGGGGACAGCGGGGCCUGA